GCUAAGCGGCAUAGAAGCGGAAGUCGUGCGUAGCUGUAGCGUGUGGAAGCAUUGUGCUGUCUUUAUACACUUAUUAUAGCUAUAAUUAUUAAACCAGAAGUUUCUUCAACAUGAGUUUGUUAAACAAGCCAAAAUCAGAGAUGACCCCCGAAGAGCUGCAGAAGAGGGAGGAGGAGGAGUUUAACACUGGACCGCUGUCCGUCCUCACCCAGUCUGUCAAAAACAACACACAGGUUCUCAUCAACUGUCGCAACAACAAAAAACUGCUGGGACGAGUUAAAGCUUUUGAUAGGCACUGUAACAUGGUGCUGGAGAACGUAAAGGAGAUGUGGACAGAGGUACCGAAGAGCGGAAAAGGCAAGAAGAAAUCCAAACCUGUUAAUAAAGAUCGAUACAUCUCCAAAAUGUUCCUGAGAGGAGAUUCAGUCAUCGUAGUGCUAAGGAACCCACUUAUCACCGGAAAAUAAUCAGUACACACACACUGAUUACUUCACUCUGAACAAGAUUUGAUUCUGUUCUAAAGUUCUGAUUCUGUUUCUCACUGUUGUUUUUUGUUUUGUUUUUUCAAUAAAAGUUUUGUAAUUAGAGAAA